AUGAGAAAACUGUUUGAAUUUAUGUUUGGUGACAAGAUGUAACAUUUUGAAAAUUACAAGGGCAAUCUGAUCUUACGUGUACUUGUUGUAUUUUGGAAGACCUAGGAUGAAAAAUGUUUUGAAAAAUACAUAUGUAUCUGUUAGUGGAGGUUUCUUAGGUUUUCUAUAGAAAUGGCCAAUGUUAAUAUAGGACUGAGUUUUUUAAAAAAUAGGUUUAGUAUAAAAUAAGAAAUUCAAUCGCAAGCAUCACCAUCAAAUUUUUCGAAAUCAAAAUGGCACAAAAUAUUUGCAAAUUCUGCUCCGAAACGUUCACUGUUAAACGCGAAUAUUUGAGACACGUUAACAAGCAUUGCAGCGGAUGUGGACAGUUUUUUAGUAAUACAUAUCAAUUAAAAUUUCAUCAAAAGAAUUAUGGAUGUCCACCUGUGCAAAAUCAACCAUCUAAUAACUCAAGAUUAGACAAUAUAGAACAUGCAAACUGCAAUAGUGUUACCCUACCAUUGAUGCGGAAUCAAUUUAUAAUUGACCAAAUCACAGGCAAUAAUCAUAACAUUCCAUCCCAACAAAGUGAAGGCGGAAACAAGUUCUGCAAUGAGUGCCAUAAAGCAGUGCGAAAUAUGUCCGCUCAUCUUCGUAGUGAUGAACAUCGGCGUGUAAUUCGCCAAAUUUUUGGUGAAAAUAUCAAUAUUGUCAAAAACUCAUUUGGCAAAAAUAUACUAACCUUCGAGUAUAUUAAUGCAAAAAACAUUUUGCUGCCAAAUGAAUUAUUAAGCGAUGCCAAAGAAACGAUUGUCAGCUUGGUCGAGAAGAACUUUACGAGAAAUACGCCUAUAAAAUUCAAUAUUGAGCUUAUAGGAGAAUAUGUCAAGCCCAUAAGUCAACGUGAUGAACCAUCAACAUCAAAUAUGGUUUUAAAUACAAGUCAAAAUAUGUUUUGCCAUAUGUCAAAAAUGUCGUUGAUAACGGAAGGUGACAAUAUAAGCCAAUUAUUCCACGAUCACGCGAAUCGUAUAAUUAAUAAAAUGUCUGAAUUUCAAGAAAGAGAUUCUGGCUGGGCUUUAGAGAAAAUCGUAAAGCUGAAUAUAAAUAUAUAUAAAGCUAAUUUAACUCGUGGCUCUCAGUUCUUGAAGACACCGCUCUCUUUAUCAAAAAAGAAUGCCUGUCUUAACAUUAGAAAUUACGAUGAAUUUUGCUUCAAAUGGUGUAUUGUGGCAGCUUUAUCGGAACCAGCAGCAGCAGCAUGUGAUAAGUCUAAUCCGCAAUCAUAUAAUAUUAAUAUAACCGAAGAGAUUAUAUACUUGCCAUCCGGGGAGAUAUUGAAUUUUAGAGGACUUAGUUUCCCUAUGGCGAUAAAAAAUAUCAAGGAUUUUGAGGCCAAUAAUGAAGAUAUUAGUAUUAAUGUCUUCGGCUAUGAUGGAAAUCAGAUAGUUGGACCCUACUAUCUUACCCCAAAACGAAGGAAUCGUCAUAUUAACUUGAUGCUUCUUCAUGAGGGCGACAAGUUCCACUACAUAUUGAUCAUGGAUAUGUCACGGUUAUUACGUUCGCAAAUAACAGCACAUAGAGGUAGAUCAAUCAUUUGUGAUGGCUGCAUACAAAGUUUCACCACGGAAGCCGUAUAUGCAAAACAUGAGAAGGAGUGUGUUGGGGUCGUAACAGAGAUGCCUAAAGAAGGAGAAAACAUUAUUCGGUUUAAAAACUACCACAAAAAGGAGAGAGUUCCAUUUGUGAUCUAUGCGGAUGCUGAAUGUAUUCUAGAGGAUUGGAACCCGGAGAACCUCAACACAAACACAAAUACAAACACAGUAACGGUAAAAAGGCACAUUCCUUGUGCAUUUAGUUAUUAUAUUAAAUGUAGUUUUAAUGAUAGUUUAAGUAAAUUUUAUAUAUAUAGUGGCCCCAAUGCUGCGAGAAACUUUUUAGAAAAUCUUAUAGGGGAUUGUAAAUUUAUUUACAACACAUAUUUGUCAAAAACGGUACCAAUGAUUUCUUUGUCUCAGACAGAAUUAGAUGAUUUUAAUAGCAGUACUGUGUGUCACAUUUGUGAGAAAGAGCUAGGUAAUGACCGAGUUAAGGAUCAUUGUCAUUUAACUGGAAAAUAUCGAGGAGCUGCACACAAUGAAUGUAAUUUGAAAUACCAUGUGCCAAAAUUUGUGCCGAUAUUCUUCCACAAUUUUUCUUCUUAUGAUUGCCAUUUGUUCUUCAAAGAAUUAAUUCACUUUGAUGGAGAAAUUAAAGUAAUUCCAUUAAAUAAAGAAUUAUAUGUUUCAAUGUCAUAUUUCACUAAAAUGAACAACGAUUCAAACGAAAUGGUCGAUCAUAAUUCUUCGGUGAAUUCGAAAAACAAAUGGCGGAAUAAAUUUGAACUGAGGUUCUUGGACAGUUUUCGUUUUAUGUCUUCCAGUUUGGAUAGUUUGGCUAAAAAUCUACCUAAAAACGCAUUUCAAGCUGUUCGUACACAGUUUCCAAAUGAUGGUGAUUUCAAUCUGCUAACUAGGAAAGGAGUUUUCCCUUAUGAAUACGUGUCUUCAUUGGACAAAUUAUAUGAAAGAAAAUUGCCUAACCGAAAUGAAUUUUACAACAGGUUGACUGACAGUGAGUGUUCGUUAGAUGAUUAUAGACAUGCGCAGAAUGUAUGGAGGCACUUUGAAUGCCAAACUGUCAAGGAUUAUAUGGAGUUGUAUUUAACAGCAGAUGUCUUACUGUUGGCUGAUGUGUUCGAAAACUUUCGAAGUUUGUGCCUCCGUCACCAUAGACUUGAUCCUUGUCAGUAUUUCACAGUACCAUCACUAUCUUGGGAUGCCAUGUUGCUGUGCACGGGUGUUGAAUUAGAGCUAUUUACAGAUAUUAACAUGUAUAAUUUCUGUAAAAAUGGCAUUAGAGGUGGACUUACACAAUGUUCAAAUAGACACUCGGUAGCCAAUAGUAAAUACACUGAAGACUAUGACCCUAGUAAACCCGAGGUAAAUAUUUAUUAUUUAGACGUCAACAAUUUAUAUGGUAAAGCAAUGACACAAUGUUUGCCACAAAAAGAUUUUAAGUUUUUAACUCAAGAAGAGUUGGAAAUAUUCAAUGACGUCAGUAAAAUAUUAGCGAUUCCAAAUGAUUCACCAACUGGUUAUUUUUUUAAUGUGGAUUUAGAAUAUCCAAAAAAUCUGCAUGACAAACACAAUGAUUUACCCUUUUGUCCUGAAUCCAAAUGUGUCGGUGGCUGUAAGAUCAAAAAGUUGAUUGCAGAUUUGAAUGACAAAACGUCUUAUACAAUUGAUUAUAGAGUGCUUCAACAAUGUAUCCAGCAUAAUUUAAUUCUUAAAAAAAUUAAUAGCUGUUUACAGUUUACGCAAUCUAAUUGGCUUGCAGCAUACAUAAUGAAAAAUAACAAUCUCAGAGUACAAGCCACAGAUGCUUUCGCAAAAAAUUUUUAUAAAUUUAUGAAUAAUUCUGUUUAUGGCAAAACAAUGGAAAAUGUGGACAAAAGGAAAAUCGUGGAAAUAAGAAACCAUUGGGAAUCUUAUGGGAAGCGCUGGGGUGCACGGGAAUUUAUUUCAAAACCAAAUUUUCAUAGUCUUACACACUUUUCAGAUGAAAUGGUGGCAAUUCAAAUGAACAAAGUGAGGGUGAAGUAUGAUAAACCGAUAUACCUUGGAUUUUGUAUUCUAGAGUUAUCGAAAUGGGUCAUGUACGAUUUCUUUUAUGAUUUUUUAAAAGUUAAGUUUGGAAACGACUUCGUAUUAAACUAUAUGGAUACUGAUUCAUUCAUACUAACGUUCACUAACCGCAACCUCUUUGCUGAACUAUCACGAGAGGAAAUACUGGCUAGAUUUGAUACAUCAGAUUUUUCACCAUCCAAUCCAUAUAAUAUACCUCUUCUUAAUAAAAAAGUUAUAGGAAUGAUGAAGGAUGAGAACUGCGGAAAGACGGUAUCGGAAUUUGUAGGCCUAAGACCAAAAAUGUACGCUAUGAAAGUCCACAAUAGUGAAGAGGUAAAGAAAUCAAAGGGUGUUAAAAAAUCUGUUAUGAAGCAGUACACCAUUGACACGUAUAGGGAUUGUCUGUAUAAUCGAAUAAAAUAUUAUAAUAGUAUGUAUACAUUUAGAUCGAGGAAACAUGAGAUAUACACAGACAAUAUAACUAAAGUGUGUCUCAGUUUCCAAGAUGAUAAAAGAUUUAUACGGGAAGAUGGUGUAAGUACGUAUGCUUGGGGCCAUUAUAAACUUAAAAAUGAUAACGAAGAUGAGGUAGCCCUUUCAAAUGAAGAAAAUUCUGUGAUCCCAAUGGAACUUGAUUUUCAUAUUGAAAAUGCAAGCGACACUUCUAUUUUUGAAUUGAUCGCAAAUGUAAAUAAUAAUGACGUUAUAGAUUUAGAAAAUAUAAGUAUUUCUAAUUUUCCUAUAGAACUAGAUGUAGAUAUAAAUAACAUACCUCCUGUAAAUACAAUAGACAUUCCUUUAGACGGGGAUGACAAAUCUAUUUUUGAAUUGUUGGGGGAUUCAGAAAGUGAAUAUACAAAUUGUGAAUCUCUUGAUUUUAUACAAUUUUUAAAUUUUAAUGAAAAUGACUUUGUAAAUAAAUAAAACAAUCUGUAUAUAUUUAAUAAAACAUUUAUUGC